AAGAAGAAUUUAUUUAUGUGGAGGAGAAAAAGAAAAAAAAAUAGGAAAACAUAGUACAAAAAUACAAAAUCGAACUUAGGAAGAUUCACACGAAGUACUGUACUAGACAAAACUUUGUGUUUAUACAAAGCCAAGUACGUAUGUAAUUCAGGAUUUCAGGUAACACCAACACUAUCAAUCUUUCUCCACCCUACACGUGUACGCCCCCGAUUUCUCCUUCUUCUUCCUUAAAUUUUCCAUUUCUCUCUCCUCUUUUCCUUCCGACAAAUGGCGUCAUUUUACUCUCUUCCCCUGACUCUCACACCAUCUUCACCUCUUUCCUAGAACUUCCAUCUUUAUCUUUUUUCUUUGUUCUUCCUUGAUUUUUCAAUAGAGAAUCUGGUUUCGGAAUCAACGAUGAUUUCGUUGCGAAGCGAAUCGCGGCAACAGCUUCAUAAUCAUAGUAAUAAUCAUAAUAAGAAUGAAUUGCAGCUGUCGAAUUUGGCGUUUGAUGCUAAAUCCGAUGUUUCUUCUUCUAAUAUUAAUUUGAACCAUUUUAAGGGCGCUGAGUCUCGUGAAGAAGAAGACAUGUUGCUGGGUGCUGCACAUCAGUUGUACAAGAGUGGUGACUAUAAGCAGGCUUUGGAGCAUAGUAAUACUGUCUAUGAGAGAAAUCCAUUACGGACAGAUAAUCUUCUUCUUUUGGGUGCUAUACACUAUCAGCUGCAUGAUUUUGAUAUGUGCAUUACUAGAAAUGAAGAGGCUAUACAAAUUGAGCCCCAUUUUGCAGAGUGUUUUGGCAAUAUGGCAAAUGCAUGGAAGGAAAAAGGAAAUGUUGAUAUUGCAAUCCGCUACUAUUUAAUUGCAAUUGAGCUCAGGCCAAAUUUUGCGGAUGCCUGGUCGAACUUAGCUAGUGCGUACAUGCGUAAAGGGAGAUUGAAUGAGGCAGCCCAAUGUUGCCGCCAGGCUCUUGCAUUAAAUCCUCUUUUGGUUGAUGCACAUAGCAACCUUGGGAAUUUAAUGAAGGCACAAGGCUUAGUGCAAGAAGCAUAUAGUUGCUAUCUUGAGGCUUUACGUAUACAACCAACUUUUGCGGUUGCAUGGUCAAAUCUUGCUGGCCUUUUUAUGGAAUCGGGUGAUCUUAAUCGGGCGCUUCACUAUUACAAGGAAGCUGUGAAACUUAAACCAUCCUUUCCUGAUGCAUAUUUAAACUUGGGAAAUGUUUAUAAGGCUUUGGGAAUGACUCAAGAAGCUGUAACGUGCUAUCAGCAUGCUCUUCAGGCACGACCAAACUAUGCAAUGGCAUUUGGUAAUUUGGCUAGUUCGUAUUAUGAGCAAGGGCAGUUGGAUUUGGCAAUUCUUCAUUACAAAGAGGCCAUUAAUUGUGAUUCGGGAUUUCUGGAGGCUUAUAAUAAUUUGGGUAAUGCACUUAAAGAUGUGGGCAGAGUUGAUGAAGCAAUUCAAUGCUAUAAUCAAUGUCUAUCAAUACAACCCCAUCACCCUCAAGCUUUAACAAACCUUGGAAACAUUUAUAUGGAAUGGAAUAUGGUGGCAGUGGCAGCUACUUAUUAUAAGGCAACUUUGAGUGUCACAUCUGGAUUAUCUGCUCCCUUUAACAAUCUGGCAGUUAUUUAUAAACAGCAGGGAAAUUAUGCAGAUGCUAUAUCUUGCUACAACGAGGUUUUACGUAUUGAUCCAAUGGCUGCUGAUGGGCUUGUGAACAGAGGAAAUACUUAUAAAGAGCUUGGAAGAGUGACUGAAGCACUCCAGGAUUAUAUUAAUGCUAUCAACAUACGACCAACCAUGGCUGAAGCACAUGCUAAUCUGGCUUCAGCUUAUAAAGACAGUGGACAUGUGGAGGCAGCUAUUAAAAGCUACAAACAAGCAUUGCAAUUACGCCCAGAUUUCCCAGAAGCAACUUGUAAUCUUCUCCACACUUUACAGUGUGUUUGCAGCUGGGAAGAUAAAGACAAAAUGUUUGCUGAAGUUGAGGGAAUAAUCAAACGACAAAUUAAGAUGUCAGUUCUUCCCAGUGUACAGCCUUUCCAUGCAAUUGCAUAUCCUCUUGAUCCAGCGCUGGCUCUUGAAAUCAGCCGCAAGUAUGCGCAGCACUGCUCAGUGGUUGCAUCACGUUAUGCGCUGUCUCCCUUUAAGCACCCUCAUCCUAUUCCAGUCAAGAGUGAAGGUGGCUAUCAGAGGCUUAGGGUUGGUUAUGUGAGCAGUGACUUCGGUAACCAUCCUCUUUCACAUCUGAUGGGUUCUGUGUUUGGUAUGCACAAUAGAGAACAUGUUGAGGUUUUCUGCUAUGCAUUGAGCCCUAAUGAUGGGACUGAGUGGAGACAACGAACUCAAUCUGAAGCUGAGCAUUUUGUGGAUGUUUCCGCUAUGUCAUCAGAUAUGAUUGCCAAAAUAAUUAACGAAGAUAACAUACAAAUUCUUGUGAACCUCAAUGGCUACACCAAGGGUGCCAGAAAUGAGAUAUUUGCCAUGAAACCAGCACCUAUUCAGGUUUCAUACAUGGGCUUUCCAGGAACGAUGGGUGCAUCAUACAUUGACUAUCUGGUUACUGACGAGUUUGUAUCUCCUUUCUGUUCUGCUCAUAUUUACUCCGAGAAGCUCGUUCAUCUCCCUCAUUGCUACUUUGUAAAUGAUUACAAACAGAAAAAUAGAGAUCUAUUGGAUCCAAAUUGCCACCCCAAACGUUCAGAUUAUGGCCUUCCAGAAGACAAAUUCUUGUUCGCAUGCUUCAAUCAACUAUACAAAAUGGAUCCUGAAAUCUUCACUGCGUGGUGCAAUAUUCUCAAAUCUGUACCAAACAGUGCCUUGUGGCUUUUGAAAUUUCCGGCCGCUGGAGAAUCAAGACUACGUGCAUAUGCUGCUGCUCAAGGAGUAGGGCAAGAUCAGCUUAUAUUUACAGGUGUUGCUGUAAAAACCGAGCACAUCAGACGCAGUGCUUUGGCUGAUCUAUUUUUGGACACGCCCUUGUGUAAUGGACACACUACUGGCACAGAUAUCCUCUGGGCUGGUUUACCAAUGAUUACUUUGCCUCUUGAGAAAAUGGCUACUAGAGUUGCUGGCUCACUUUGUCUUGCUACUGGACUUGGAGAGGAGAUGAUAGUGGACAGUAUUGAGGAGUAUGAAGAGCGGGCAGUUUCACUGGCAUUAAAUCCUUCGAAACUCCAGGCCCUUAGAAAUCAAUUGAAGGCUAUCCGUUUGACUUGCCCACUGUUCGACACUACUCGUUGGGUUAAGAACCUUGAGAGAGCUUUUUUCAAGAUGUGGAAUUUGUAUUGCACAGACAAGCAUCCUCAAUCUUUCAAGGUCACUGAAAAUGAUAUGGAUUUUCCUUUCGAUAGGUAGGAAAAACUAGCUGAACGGGAUUGUACAUAGAUUGUAGAGGACGCACAUACUCCGUAUAUAUCAUUAGUGCUUGAUGAUACUUGAAGAGGACUUUUUUCUUUCAAGGUAAGGGGUCUCUGAUAAUGAUUGAGAGUUGUAACAUUUAGAAAUAAUGUGAUUAUUAUGUGCUACUGAUCUAUCUAGCAUGUAAUUGAGGGUUGAGCGAUUCGCCUGUUAACAUAUUCUGUAUCAUAGCAGCAGAGGUAGAGAGAGCGAUGUUCCCCUGGCCUUCACAGGUUUAUCCUCCCGUGUUUUUUUUUUUUUUUUUUUUUUUUUUCCUUGGUUGUCUUUAGCUGCAUUGCUUUCUGCGUAGCAGUUGCGAUGUUAUUGUAUGUACAAUUAUUUUACUACAAGAAUUAAGAUGAAUCAACAUUAUAUAUACAAGCUA